AUGACAGCAAUUGCCAGGCGACAGGAAGCCAUUCCUAGGAAGCUCACGAAUCUUAAGGUCCACGACGAAAUAGCAGAAUUAAAACAAGAUCUGGAUUCGAUGAACCGGAACUUUGAAUUGAAAGGGUUGAUCAUCGCUCAUGACGCUGAGUUCGAUUCUUAUACAAAUAUACACGAUGAGUGCCUCCCAGGAACUCGGACAGAGGUACUUGAUGAGAUUGAAGAAUGGGCAACAGCGCCAGGCAAGAAGAUUAUCUCUUGCAUACAGGGCAUGACAGGCACUGGGAAAUCAACAAUUGCCAAAACUGUUACAGCCCGCUUCAAGAAGAAAGGGCAUCUCGGCGCAAGUUUCUUCAAAAGGGGAGACGAGGACCAAAGUGAGCUUCUUCCUCAUAUUCAAACGAUAAUUAACGAAGACCCUCGCAUUUCAGAUAAGACACUUACGGAGCAAUUUUCGGGUUUAUAUUGCAACCUCUUCGGAGACAGAGAUACAAUAAACCUUGUGGUGAUCGACGCCUUAGACGAAUGUGAAAGGGAUGAAGAUGUCAGAACUCUUCUUUGCCUUCUUCCACAAGUUCAACAGUCAAGCUCGGUUCAAAUACGGUUUCUCUUAACCGGUAGACCUGAAUUACAAAUUGAACAGGGCUUCCAGCAAGUUCCCCAUGACUUCCAGAAUGUUAUCCUCUACGAGAUUGCUGCACCUAUCAUCCGACGGGAUAUUUCUUUCUAUUUCGAGCACCAAUUCUCAAAAUUGAGAGAGGAAGAGGAGCAAAUUCUACCAGCCGAUUGGCCUGAUGAUAAGGCUUUGAAUAUUCUCGUCGAGAGAACGAUUCCGUUGUUCAUAUCAGCUGCAACCAUCUGUCGCUUCCUAAGAGAUAAAAACUGA